UUUUUUUCGCUGUUUCUUUCUCCCUCGAUUCUUAAAGCAACAGCUGCAGCGCGUAAAAAAUCGAAGGUUAGAAACAAUGGGGAGCACCGCCGCAAACGGCGCCGUCGACAAGGGCGUCGAUUUCGCCAACUAUUUCUGCACCUACGGCUUCCUCUACCACCAGAAGGACAUGCUCUGCGACCGCAUACGUAUGGACGCUUAUUACAACGCCGUUUUCGAGAACCAACACCACUUCAAAGGGAAGGCUGUUCUAGACGUAGGAACGGGGAGCGGGAUCCUAGCUAUAUGGUCUGCACAGGCAGGUGCAAGGAAAGUGUACGCGGUUGAAGCCACGAAAAUGGCGGAACACGCGCGUGAACUUAUUAAAGCAAACAAGCUUCAGGAUGUAAUUGAAGUGAUUGAGGGAUCUAUGGAGGAUGUGACUCUGCCCGAGAAAGUUGAUGUAAUUAUUUCGGAAUGGAUGGGAUACUUUCUUCUCCGUGAAUCAAUGUUGGACUCUGUACUCUGCGCUCGGGAUCGCUGGCUGAAGCCAAAUGGUGUCAUGUAUCCGAGCCAUGCUCGAAUGUGGAUGGCACCUCUCAGGUCCGGGUUAGUAGAUCAGAAAAUGGGUGAUUAUAAACGAGCCAUUGAGGAUUGGUACGGUUUUGUUAAUGAAACCAAAACUUAUUACGGCGUCGACAUGGGUGUUUUGACAAAUCCGUAUACUGCAGAGCAACAAAAAUUCUACUUGCAGACAUCUAUGUGGAACAACCUUCAUCCAAAUCAAAUUAUCGGGGAACACGUUAUUGUCAAGGAGAUAGACUGCUUAACUGCUACUAUAGACGACAUACGUAUCGUUGAAGCAAGCAUUUCAUCUUCCAUCACACAAGAAAUUGCAAGAUUAUCCGGUUUCGGUGGAUGGUUUGAUGUCCAUUUUCGAGGUAGCGAUAAGAAUCCGGCUAAAAAAGAAAUUGAGUUGACCACCGCCCCGAGUGAAGAUUCUGGAACUCAUUGGGGUCAACAGGUGUUUCUACUGCACCCUUCUUCAAACGUUAAGCGUGGGGAUAAGUUGAUGUUCCAAUUCUCAAUGAGUCGAUCGAGGGAAAAUCAUCGAUUGAUGGAAGUUGACCUUAGCUGCGAGAUCAAACAAAAGUCCGGUGAAUCACUUCCACCGUUUAAAAAGAAGUUCUACAUAGAGUGAGUGAUCUGUGUAAUUCUGCUACUAUUGCACUACUUAGAAUUUUACGAGCCCGGAUUUUUUUUUCCCUUUUUCGUUUGUUAUUCUAUUUAACAUGAGAUUACGGGAUGUAGUCUCGACCUUUGUCGGAGCGAGAGUGUAACAUUAGUAUUCAGUGUGUAUUUCUGAAUAAUCUUAUUUAUCAAUUUUCAACCAUUUUUAUUGUUACCAA